UACCAGACGAAAAAUCCAUGAUGUAACAGGAUGCUGGGCUGGAUCAUUUUCAACAGGACAGCUCACUCCGGCCUCUUGCAUACGGUAGCUCACUUUGAGUUCAAGUCAGUAGAUAGUGGAUAGUCAACUCUCAGCGAACGCACACGGAUCAUAACUCCGCUCGGGGCUCAUUAUCGAUUAAGGGGGACUUUCUGAAUUGAGUUAUUCACAUUAUCGGCAAGAGACUAAGUAAUUAACAGAAAACAAACCCAGAAUGGAUGGAAGCGGCAUACUCACACUCCUGUUGCUGUUUUCUGCCAGAGAGCUGUUUGUGGUGGGGAGUUCUAUGGACAACGAGACCUAUCGGGAUCCCCAAAUCUCCCAUCACAGCAUCAGUGACUCCCGGAACAAGAUUGUGACGGCUCAGUAUGAAUGCUACCAGAAAAUAAUGAAAGACUAUACCCACGACAAACAAGAUUCGGUGUGCGGCAGGACCUGGGAUGGCUGGCUGUGCUGGGAGGACACAGAGGCUGGCUUCACCACAGAGCAGCACUGUCCAGACUACUAUAACAACUUUGAUACUAAAGAAGUGGCAUCCAAAGUUUGUACUGAAACAGGUAACUGGGGUCGCCACCCCGAAAGCAAUAGGACAUGGACGAACUUCACACUGUGCAGGGGCAACUCCACGGAAGGUGAAAUGAAUGCGAAGAACCUCCUCUACUUAGUUCUAAUCGGCCAUGGAUUGUCCUUAAUAUCGCUGUUCAUCUCAUUGGGAAUAUUCUUUCACUUCAAGAGUUUAAGCUGCCAGAGGAUAACGCUGCAUAAAAACCUAUUCUUCUCAUUUGUGUUAAACUCUAUCAUCACCAUCAUCUGGUUGACUGUGGCAGACAACCGGGAACUUGUUGAGAGUAACCCGGUGAGCUGUAAAGUGGUCACUUUCGUCCACCUCUACCUGUUUGGCUGUAACUACUUCUGGAUGCUGUGUGAGGGCAUCUACCUGCACACGCUCAUAGUCGUGGCAGUGUUCGCAGAGAAGCAACACCUUAUGUGGUACUACCUUCUUGGAUGGGGAUUUCCAUUGAUACCUGCUCUGAUACAUGCUGUAGCCCGCUGUUGCUACUACAAUGACAAUUGUUGGAUCAGCUCUGACACCUCCCUUCUAUACAUCAUCCAUGGUCCUAUCUGUGCUGCACUACUAGUCAACCUGUUUUUCCUGUUGAACAUUGUGCGUGUCCUCAUCACCAAGCUGAAGGUGACCCACCAGGCUGAGUUCAGCCUCUAUAUGAAGGCUGUGAGGGCCACACUCAUCCUGGUCCCUCUUCUGGGCAUCCAGUUCGUCCUGCUCCCCUACAAGCCCGAGGGACGCUCCGCUGAGAUAUAUGGCUAUGUCAUGAACAUCCUCAUGAACUAUCAGGGUCUUUUGGUCGCUACAAUAUUCUGCUUCUUCAAUGGAGAGGUCCAAAGCGUUUUACGGCGACACUGGAAUCAGCAGCGGAUGCAGUUCGGGGGCACCUUCGCCCAUGCCGACGUGUUUCGCUCCGCCUCCUAUGUGGCGUCAUCUCUGACUGAAGUCAACCGCUGCUACAGCAUAGACGGACACACUGAGCACAUGAACGGAAAGAAUUACCUGGACAUUGAGACCACCAUCCACAGGUCGGACAAUCCAUUUGCGUGAGGGCAUGUCCCACAGAGCCAUCAGGAGCUGGGGAAAGGAUAGAGUCAGGUUUCUCGAAUCUUUUGGUUUACUGUGGCCAUUAGUCCAUUCCAAAGACUUGGUUUCACCAAGACUUACAAACCAAUUAAUACCUUCAGCAUGCAUGGAACCUGCCUUUCUAGAGGGGACUUCCUUCCACUGUUCAUCUACCUUGUGACUGGCACUUCAGUCGACAGUAUAACCCUACAAAGUAAGGGAAAGGGUCUACCUGCAAAUGUAUAUGGCAUUAGCUUUUUAUCCUAAGGACAAUACAAUCUGUUCAUGUGCAAUAGACGCUUUGAUUGCUGAAUUAAAGACUGAUCAAGCCCAAGAGGUAUAAGACUAAAAGGUGGUUCGCAUUCAAGUUUAGCAGAAAAACUAUUCUGGGCUAAAUUACAUAGAAAGGAAUCCUACAGAACCUUAGGCACUGAAGUUAUAACUUGUUACAGACACUUUCUAUGAAAAGAACCACACCGUUCUACUGAUUGAACCACACAAUGGGCGUUCUUCCUUAUGCUGGAGCUUUAAACCAGGCUCCCAAUGUGUAAUUUUCUGUCUGGUACAUGAAAUGAACCCACUUUAAGUCGUUAAAGUGUAUUGAAUAGGUGUCUGUGUAAGUUGCUUCAAGUCCAAAUGCUGGAGAGAAUUCUGCUCACAGACAAGCAGUUUAUAUGAGUGAGGGAAAAAGUUGAAAAGAGAAGUAAAAAACAUGUAAAUAAUGUGUGUAUAAUUCAAUGUUUGUUAUUUUAAAUAUAUCUAUAAAAUUAUAUUCGAUAAUUAUCAUUACUGUAUGCCCAACUGGUAUUUAAGUGAUUUGUACUGUCAAAUUAAUUUGUUGCAUUUGUUUCUUUGCAUCUGCGUUUCCAUGUUUACUUGAUCAGUCAUGGUUAGGACUGACGUGUCUCGGGUGGUGUUCAAAAACAUUUUCAUUUGAUAUCAGAUAUCAGCCAUGAUGUGUGAAGUAUAUUUUGAUGUCAGUACUUAGGAUUUUAUACUCAUAUUAGAAUAUAUUUUUCUCUUGACACACAGCCGUUGGCUCAGGAUUUAAAGGGUCUAGUUAUUGAGACUGGCAUAAACGUUGAGCGUUAUGUUUUUGGUGAACUACACAAUGUAUGGUAAAUGUAUUGAAUGUAAUUUUAGUGGGAGUUGAUGAAGUUGUGUAAAAUUAAUAAUAAUCAAAAAUCAUUAGUAAACUAUACUUUGAAGCAGCCUAUUGUGUGUUUGCAAGUUAUAUUUCUGUAAAAUAAAGUCUAUGAAGUCCUA